UGACCUAAAGUUGACCUAGUUAAUCGACUUCACUUGAGCGCUCCCACGCCGCAAUAUAAAGCCUGGCUGCACAUUGCAUCAUUGCUACGACCGUAACCAGCCAGCUGCAGGGGUAUUUACAGUUGUCAUUAUGCUUUCACGUGUAUUUACCCAAGCCAGGCAGCUGGCGCAGUCCUCAGUGAGAACAGUCGCCACUGCAGCAGAACUUGGAAAGUUGGGAGAACCUUCCAAAAGGGUGUUUGAAAAGGAAGAUAAGUACGGUGCACACAACUACCACCCACUUCCCGUGGCACUGUGCAAAGGAAAAGGUGUCCAUGUGUGGGAUGUAGAAGGCAACCAAUAUUAUGACUUCCUCAGUGCGUACAGUGCAGUGAACCAGGGACACUGUCACCCGAAGAUUAUAGAGGCUUUGAAGGGCCAGGCUGAGGUGCUGACACUUACUUCUAGGGCAUUCUACAGCAAUCUGCUGGGAGAAUAUGAAGAGUUCAUGCACAAUCUCUUUGGAUAUGACAAGGUCCUGCCUAUGAAUACAGGUGUUGAGGGAGGAGAGACUGCCUGUAAGCUGGCCAGACGCUGGGGAUAUGAUGUGAAAGGAAUUCCAAAGAAUGAGGCAAAGAUUGUAUUUGCUGCUGGCAAUUUCUGGGGUCGAACUUUGGCUGCCAUUUCUAGCUCUAGUGACCCAGAUUGCUAUGGAGGAUUUGGUCCAUUUAUGCCAGGUUUUAGCACUAUACCUUACAACGAUGUCUCUGCAUUACAAGCUGCCUUGAAGGACCCUAAAGUUUGUGCAUUCAUGGUGGAGCCUAUCCAAGGGGAGGCAGGUGUUGUAGUUCCAGACCCUGGUUACCUUAAAGCCAUCAGGGACACCUGCACUAAGAACAAUGUACUUUGGAUUGCUGAUGAAGUACAGACAGGACUGGCUAGAACAGGAAGGCGUUUGUGUGUGGACUAUGAGGAAGUGAGACCAGAUCUGGUCGUGCUGGGAAAAGCUCUGUCAGGAGGGGUAUAUCCAGUGUCAGCAGUGCUUGCAGAUGAUGAAGUAAUGUUGACUAUAAAGCCUGGAGAACAUGGCUCCACCUAUGGUGGUAAUCCUGUGGCCUGUAAAAUUGCCAUGGCAGCUCUUCAGGUGUUAGAAGAAGAAAACUUAGCAGAGAAUGCAUUCAAGUUGGGAGAGGUCCUGAGAAAUGAGUUGAGGAAAUUGCCAACUGAUGUUGUAUCCAUUGUUAGAGGGAAAGGCCUUCUUAAUGCCAUUGUCAUUAAUGAAAAAUUUAGUGCAUGGGAUGUCUGUGUAAAGUUGCGUGAUAAUGGACUCCUUGCCAAGCCCACACAUGGUGACAUAAUAAGGUUUGCUCCUCCUCUCAUCAUCAAUGAAAAGCAAAUUAUGGAGUGUGCAGAGAUCAUCAGCAGCACCAUCAUGGACUUUGCCAAGACAUUAUAGAAACUUAAAUAUUUAUAUAAGAAAACAUGGUUGUAGACAUCUUGUCAGUUGUGUCUAUUUAACUGCUUAUCCUGCCACUUGCACAGAAUCGAUUUUAUUUGGUGAUUUUGUGAAAGUAAUUUGUUCUCCCUGAUUGUUGUUUGGUUAAAUAAUUUUUCAUCUUGUGAUUGAUCAUGCAGAUGAAAAAAUUCAAAAGAUGGUGACAAACACAGGGAAUGGAAAGCACAAGUAUAUUGGCUUUGUAUAUUAAAAUCUGUAAAACCUUUUUUUUUUUUAUUCAAGCUUUAGAGAAAAAAUGAUGCUGUAAAGAGAAUCAUCAUUUUUUUGUCAGGAGUGUUUAGAGAAUAUGUAGUUUGAUGUUCCCAUAAAAAAGCAAUGGGGUAAAAAGCAACGGGGUACUGUGCAUUUGGUGGUUUGGGAGUAUAGUAUUAUAUGGCAGCUAUAUGUUUCAGAUUGGGAUUGGUGGAAAUGUUAAUGGAAAAUAUCACUCUAUAGCUGAACAUACAGCACUUUAGUUUUACAAAAAGUUUCUUGUUAAGGUCAUAAUACACUCGACCAAAAAAGAUAAACAUUAAAUGGUUUUUCAGUAAUUAAAAAGCUAUGCAAUGUAGUGGAAAAAUCUUCAGUUUAUUUUAAAAAAGUAAACAAUGGUAGGUGCAUUGCCCGUCAAUAUUUGGUUAUAAUAAGUAUUUACCUUGGACAUUGUUAUUUUAUAAUUAUUCAAAAUGACAAUGUUUCUUAACUUUUUAGGUCGAGUCUAUAUUCAAGCAUCUAAGUAAAUGAUCCAUGAAAUGUUGUUAUAAAAAAAGUAGCCAGUACAAUUUUCUAAGUUCGCUUAUUGUCAGACAUGAAACUUGGAUUUAAAAAAUCUCAAUUCAAAAUGUUGUUAUAAAGAAAGUAGCCAGUACAAUUUUUUGCUAAUUGUCAGACAAGAAACUUGGUUUUAAAAUCUCUAUAGACAUUUUGUAUUUAUCAAGUUUUGAUGAUCUUCACAAAUUCAGGAACUAGAAUUAAAUGAAAAAUCUUGGAAUUUGGGAUUCUACAGAAAAAGCUCUGUCUGAACUUUAUGAAAUAUUGAACUGAUCACAUCUUUUUAAAGUUGUGCUACAUGUAGUCUAUAUUUUGCACAUAUAAACCUAAUCUCACUUCAAAUGUAGGACAAAAAGAAAAGUAUUUUUAUGAUCUCUUUUUUGAAAGUUGGCCUCAUAUACAUAGGGUAAUUUUUUUUGUACAUUGCAUCAAACUGUUACUAUCUUACCAGUGUAAGUUUAGUGACAAAAGUACAAAAUGAGAAAAGGGUAAAAAUGUACAAAAUUAUGUGAAAUAUCAAAUAUGAAAUUGGAAAAGUUUAAAGGGCUGUCUCUGUUAUUUUAGUCCCAAGUGACAGAAAAUUCCUAGCUUCUAGUUCUUUAAUGCAGAAAGGAUUGAUAUACAUUGACAGUUAUUAAAAAUAAGCAUGUGCAAUGUGAUUGAACAAAUAACGAAGAUUUGUAUUAUUUUUAUUUCUCUGAAAGUAAAAAAGUUCCAUUUCUGUUUUAGUUUUACACUAGAAGAGACUUUGCAAUUAUUAUACAGACACUGAAUUGUUAUAUGAAACAAAAUCACGAGGUAAAAUUUGUUCAGUUUAUGCAGUGCACUUAAAUGUAUCUCAUAAUUUCAUAAAGCUUAAUUACAUUUAUUUUUGAGGUAGCAUUUAUUUUUAAGGUAUGUGUAUACUUGAAACUAAAAAUUAUCUGAAUUCCAUCAAGGGAAAUCUCAUUGUUUACAUAAACAAUAUGCCACUGGAACAAACUGCAAUGUCAGUAAAAUUCUGAUCACAACAACAUUUUAAAUGAAUAAAGUUUUACAUUCA